GAUUAGCCUCUGUAAACUCUGGCGUUCCAUCAUCCUGCUCAACGAUGCUGCAAUGAAGAAAUUUGCCAGUGAGCUGGGGGUCAAAGAUUAUUUACUGUUCUGUGAGAUCCUGUUGCAACGGCCAAUCAACACGCGGCAGACAGCUUACCAGCUGGCCAACAUGCUGACAAGGGAGGAAAGGGCCUACAUGCAGGAAAUGGCCAGCAAUCAUUUUGACAGGAUCAUCCAAGUGCUGAAGGAUCUACCACGUCCCAUGCUGCUCGUCUUCAGGAACAUCAACACUGUCCGUAGUAUAAAUGUCAUCUUGGGUUCACCUGUUGACCGAUAUGUCGUGAUGGCUAAAAGUGCAGUUAAAGCACACAGUCUAUUAACAAAUAAACACACUGGAGGAUUUUGGACAAUUGGUGCUUUCAAGUGGCUGAAGAUAAAGUGGGCCAGCCUCCAAUUUGAGAUCAGUCUCAGGUCAGAAAGUAUGAUGAUGAAGAUAAUCUCCGUGCUUUUACGAUUAUUCAUUUACUUUGGUCUGAUAGUGCCAGAUGAAGAUUUAUACAAUUACCUGGUGGAGUAAUAUGUUGGGCUGUCAAUUCAAAACUUAUUACGGAUGUGAGAAUCUACUGGACCUUUUAUUUGGAAAUCUUGGUUUCUCCUUACCUCAAAUCAGAACAGAGUCUGACCACUGUGGCUGGUGCCUAACCAAGUAGCAAUGAACCUUUGGCAAUGCUCAUAGAUAAAUGGAAGUAGAGCCAAAGGAAUCUGAAUUCUCAUCAACAUUUUCACUCCUCAGCUAGUACUAUUCCUGUCAACAUAUCACUGCCAAACCUCAUGCAACAGCCUAUAGCCGACACCAUUUCUACCUAAACCAGAGCUGUUUGCUCACCCCAUAACUAUAGAAGGAAUGGGAAAUUCAGCUUUGUUACUGUUGUUUCUCUACAAUACGAUUAAUGAGCAGUUUUCUUGUGCCAAUGGCUGCACUCCAUUGGUUGAAAUGGCACAAAUCACACAAUGUCUUGAAAUAAAUCAGUCAGGACUUUGUUGAUGGAUGAAAAUUCUGAACCUCAACUCGUCUCUUUCUGUCCCUGUACCGUGAUAAUUUCUACUGUAAGUCAGGAACUUAAGGCUGUUCGGCCUAUAGAAUCUCACCUCUGACUUAUUAAUGCUAUGAUGGUACUUCAUUGUACGUUGAGUUACUUUUGAUAUUUUAAGUAAAGAUUUUUUUCCCUGA